UCAAAGUAGAGAGAGGAAAUAGCGGCAGUAGGGAGGCCAUUAAAGACGGUCGUCGCCAGAGAAGCGUCAGCGUCCGCGACGAAUCCGCUUGGUCCCCCGUAUGUGGGAGAGCAGCGAUGAGCUCCUCGACGCCGCAGUCCGCUGGCCAGAAAGGAAGCACUUCCUCGGACAACGUCUUUGUGUCCCCUGGCCCCAGGCGGCAGCCUCUGAAUGCCUCUGGUACCCCCGUCUUGGAGGGCUGCAAUGACGAUGAGCGGGAGAGGAAGCAACGGCGGCGCUCCAGGAUUGUCGACUUGCAGUAUAACGCCGAUUCGCCUCUGGCCAUACAGUCGCCCUCCAGCAAGCAAACGGAGACGUCAUUCCCAGCAAUCCCACAACUCUCCAAUGCUCAGAUUGCAGAUCAUUAUUCCACAUGCAUUAAACUUUCGUCAGAAAAUAAAAUCACCACCAAGAAUGCUUUUGGCUUGUACCUCAUCGAUUACAUGACAGAAAUACUCAAGCAAAAGGAGUCUGAAGUCACCAACUUUAAAGUGGCAGCCGGUACCCUUGAUGCCAGUGCAAAGAUCUAUGCAGUGAGGGUUGAUGCUGUCCAUGCUGAUGUAUACAGAGUUCUGGGCAGGUUGGGUAAAGAUGAUGCGGCAGCAGGGCCUGGAGAUGGCCAGGAUGCAGGUGGAGCGGAUGUGAAUCCUGAAAAUUCCAAGAAGCAGCCAAGUAAAAGGAAGCAUCUGUACAAAACCAUUGAACAGAAUCUGAACAACAUCAAUGCCUCUGAGGCAGAUCGGAGGAGCGAGAUCGAUCCCAUCUUCCAGCAAACGGUGGCCUCCUUCGAUGAGUGCAGUACAGCCGGGGUUUUCCUGGCCACGCUUCAUACACAGAGCGAUCUCAGUGAAGUCCUGUUUGAUUCCAUGGUCACGCCUCUGGCUUCAUCUGUGACUUCUGAGUUAUCAAGUUCACAUGUCCAAGUGGCAGGCUUGAAAUCUAUACUUCUGCAGUGUGCUGAAAAGCGCCCCAUUUGCCCUUCGCUGGCUGGCUUUCGGUUUUCUGAGUGGGACAGUACUACCCAUAAUGAGUCAGUCUCCGCUCUGCUGGAUAAAUUUAAGAAGAGCGACCAGGCGUUUGACAUCAACGCAGAGGCUGACAGUGACCCUGGGGACCCUCUGGCGGACGAUGAUUUUGAUGCUGACAACAUGGACGCGACAGUUGCAAAGGAUCUUGGGGAAUUUCCAGAAAAGGUGGAGGCCUGCAGAAUAGCACCAGGGAGCUCAAGAAAAGAUGUGGUUCCCCUGGGACAAGGCGAUGUUGGCUCCAUGUGCCUUCAGCUGUCAAUGAACCCCAGCGAAUACUCUUAUUUCAGCCCUCGGGCAAUGUCCAUGUGGGCAGGCCCAGAGCACUGGCGCUUCAAGCCUCGCCAGAAAGGUGAUGCCAACUCUGAAAAAGUAAGCAAAAGAAAGCCUCCCAAAAAAACCUUUGAGAUCGUUUUUGACGAAGAGGUUAACUUUGAGCCUUACUUCCGCAAAACAAGGGCAGCUACGACUCUGUCUAAAGCCACCCUUGAAAACCAAAACAAGAAAAGCAACACCCUCCCUGCAGAUUUCCAUUACGACCCAGAGAACCUCACUCGCCUCUUCCUCAAACCAAACCACAGGCUGUGGAAGAUGGCACAGCAGAGUAACUCGCCCAGUCGUGACGAUGAGGUGGGAGAGUAUGAUUACAAUAACCCCAAUGAUACCUCUAAUUUCUGUCCCGCAUUGCAGAAUGAUAACAGUGAUGAUGAUGAUCCUGUAGACUUUGUGGGCCAAAGUGGGAUGUUUGAAAUGACUGCCCAUCCUGCAGGAGCAGCAGGCCAAGGUGGAGAACUCAAUGGAGACCUCAGUGGGCUCAACAUCACUACCUACGGUGAAUUAAACCUGGUGGCUGAGCCACAGAAGGUGAACAAGAUCGAUAUUCAGUAUGCAAAGAUUGCCAAAAGGAUGGACAUGAAGAGGCUAAAACAGACCAUGUGGGGUCUCCUGACUCAUAUUGCAAAGGAUCAAACCGAAGAAGAGAAUGAAGCUCUAAAGAAAGGCACUAACUGUUCGGUGGUAUCAGGACAGAAGGUCUUCAGUAGCAUCACAAAGGAUCUACUUCACAGGUUGCCUCCCACAAUGGCAAAGAACCUGUCUGUGCCCUUGGCGUUUGCUUCCCUUUUGCACUUGGCUAAUGAAAAGAACUUGAAGCUGGAGGGAUUGGAAGACUUGUCUGACGUUUUAGUGAUGCAAGGAGUUUAAUGUGUCCCAGCUGGGCAAAAAAUCUGGGACCCUCGAGGAGGAAAUUGAUGCACCCCAAAAGAGAUGCAUAGAUGGAUGGCCUUCUUCACAUCGUACGCCCAUCUGUAACUCUCUCUGCUUAAAGAUGCCUGCAGCAUCAGUUCCUGGGACUGUCAAAACAGUGCAUGAUUCAUUGAUGAUAAAGAACUGUGGACAAUUAGGAGCAGUGUGCCUGUUUCAUUGUGCCUUUAACUGUCUUCUGAAUCCUUCAGCUUUCCUCUCCUGACGUGACUAUCCAGCUGCUGUGCAAGUCCUCUAAAAUGUGUUUGUCUUCUUGACAGCAAAAGACUGCAAUGUAUAUUCAACCUAGAUGAACUUCCUGUACAUAAAAGACCUGUUUCUCUCAUGCUUUGCUUUUACAGUCUUUUCUCACACCACACUGAAAUUGUCUUCAAUGAUUUUAUAUAUUUGUACAAACCUCUUUUUUAAAAGAAAUAAAUGACCACAGUAUGGGAUCUGCACUCUA